AUGGGCAAUUGCAGAUUCUUCGGUUGGGCGACCGUGGUGUUUUGGAUCGUUGCGCAACUAGUUUCGCAUGUAAAUGCUGCAUACAAUAUUGAUUCUGUGGAAAACAUCAAAGAGACGGCGCGUUCUAUAGCCGGUGACCUGAGAAAACUGUACCAUGGCGAUGAAUACGGUCAAGUCCCCGGCAUCCUGCCCGGACCUCCUUCAGAGAACAAAGGGCCGUAUUACUGGUGGCAGGGCGGUGCCUUGAUGGGCACCUUCAUCGACUAUUGGCACCUGACUGGCGACACGACAUAUAAUGACAUCGUCAUGCAAGGCAUGCUUCACCAAGUUGGAGGCUCGGCCGACUACAUGACGGAGAACUACUCCCUCUCAUUGGGAAACGAUGACCAGGCUUUUUGGGGAAUGAGCGCCCUUCUUGCGGCUGAGACUCGUUUCCCAAAUCCCCCGGCUGAUAAACCGCAAUGGCUUGCUUUGGCCCAGUCCGUCUGGGCAACUCAGGCGGAUCCAAGUCGACAUGACAAGCUGUGUGGAGGUGGUUUGCACUGGCAGAUUCCUCCAACAAACAAGGGAUAUGACUACAAAAACACUAUCUCAAACGGCUGUUUUUUUAACAUGGGUGCUCGACUUGCCCGUUAUACCAACAACGAUACAUAUGCCAAAUAUGCCGAAGAUACCUGGGACUGGAUCUGGGGAGUCAAUUACAUUGACCAUAAUUCGUGGCUCGUUUAUGAUGGUGGGUAUGGAAAAGACAACUGCACGAUCCUUACAAAAACGACAUAUUCUUACAACGCUGCUGUUCUAUUACAAGGGGCGGCGUAUAUGUAUAAUUAUACCAAUGGAUCUGAAAAAUGGAAAUCGCGCAUCGAUAAGAUGCUGCCCGCCUCCUUGAAAAACUUCUUCCCCAAAGGCAUAGCGUACGAGCCGAAUUGCGAAAUGCGACACGGCCAGUGCACUCCAGACAUGCUCUCUUUUAAAGGCUACGUCCACCGCUGGCUGUCCGUGGUCACCCAGGUUGCUCCUUUCACGCGAGAUACAAUUUUGCCCGUUCUAAAAACGUCGACCGAGGCGGCAGUUGCACAAUGUACUGGUGGAAGCAGCGGAAGGCAAUGUGGGUUUUACUGGUCGUCGGGCAAGUAUGUCGAUGUAGCAGUAGAUCACACGAGUGGCGCUGGAGAAGCCAUGGAUGUGCUGGGAGCAGUUUCGAGCCUGUUGAUAGAUGCCGCCACAACCCCCGUGACCAAUUCGAGCGGCGGCACCUCCAAGGGCAAUGACGGCAGUGGGCAUGCCAAUAAUGGCGAGAAGAAGCCUGCGGAGAUAACCACAGGUGACCGAGCAGGGGCAUGGAUACUGACUGUCGUGUGCUUCGGAGUCUUUAUACCUGGAUUUGUAUGGGUGUCUAUGACUGAAUAG